UAGAAGAAAAAAAAAAUCAAAGGGGCAAAGUCUCGCGGCAACAGUGAAUUAGAAAGCGCGUAAGCAAAGGACGGAAAGUCCUUCAAAAGCGCAGACAUUUUCGACUGAUUUUUCAUCUUCGCUUCUCGCAUUCAUAAAACACCACAAGCUUUCCAUUUUCUUCGUACCAUUUUACUCUCACAAAAGCCAACGCUCGUUUCACUCAUUUCGAGAGAGACGAACCAACAAAUCGUAACCCAAACAAAAUGGCAAUCUCUGAUGGCUCUCGCCAAUCUCUUCUUCCUAGUUUCCUCUAUUCGGCUCCUUCCUCAACCAAACGUGUCUUCGGCUUGGACACGUCUUUGACGAACGCCAAUCAUCAUCAUCAUGUGCUACCUGGAUCACCGUCCAUCUCAUCAUCAUCAUCGAACGUGGUCGGUGAUGCAAGGGUCGCUUCGAGUAGGAUUGUGGUACCAUCGCCGAAGGAGGGGAUCAAGAUGUACUCGCCGGCUUUUUACGCCGCUUGUACUGCCGGUGGGAUAUUGAGCUGCGGCCUUACUCACACAACCGUUACGCCUCUCGAUGUUGUUAAGUGCAACAUGCAGAUUGACCCAGCAAAAUAUAAGAGCAUCUCAUCAGGGUUUGGAGUUUUGCUGAAGGAGCAAGGUGCUAAAGGUUUAUUUAAGGGUUGGGUGCCUACCCUGCUUGGUUACAGCGCCCAGGGUGCUUGUAAAUUUGGUUUCUAUGAAUUCUUCAAGAAGUAUUACUCCGACAUUGCUGGGCCUGAGUAUGCCACAAAGUAUAAGACUCUGAUUUAUCUUGCUGGUUCAGCAUCUGCUGAAUUGAUUGCCGAUGUUGCUCUCUGCCCUAUGGAGGCAGUCAAAGUUCGUGUGCAAACUCAGCCUGGGUUUGCACGAGGUUUAUCUGAUGGGUUUCCAAAGUUUGUGAAGGCUGAAGGCGCUGGCGGGUUGUACAAAGGACUCGUUCCUCUCUGGGGACGACAGAUUCCAUAUACAAUGGUGAAAUUCGCAUGUUUUGAAACAAUUGUUGAGCUAAUCUAUAAGUAUUCCAUCCCCACCCCGAAAGAUCAGUGCAGUAAAACUUUGCAACUUGGGGUGAGCUUUGCUGGUGGAUACAUAGCUGGUGUUUUCUGUGCUGUUGUAUCACAUCCUGCCGACAACUUGGUGUCUUUUCUCAACAAUGCUAAGGGGGCAACUGUUGGUGAUGCGGUGAAGAAGCUAGGAUUGUGGGGUCUUUUCACCCGUGGCCUUCCCCUUCGUAUUGUUAUGAUUGGAACCCUUACUGGUGCACAAUGGGGAAUCUAUGAUGCUUUUAAAGUUUUUGUUGGCCUGCCAACUACCGGUGGUGCGACUCCUACUCCUGCUGCUUCAAAGGCAUGAACAGGAUGCAACCUUUUUUAGUUCAUUGUAGGAAUUUUCUAAGGGGAUUCCCCUUGUUAAGAGAGCAAUAAUAGUCGCCAGUAGGUUCUGUAAAGUAUUCUUUUGCAGA